CAGGCUUCGGAGGAAGCUGUUUAUGUGAUCCCCGCACUAAUUAGGCUCAUGAACUAACAAAUCGUUUGCACUACCAGUGAAGAAGCGAACACUUCCAUGGAUUGUCCUUGGACUUAGGGCGCCCUGCCCGCCUUUUGCAAAGGAGAGAAAACUUUUUUUUGCCUCCCCCGAGAACCCCCCUCCCUGCCUCUAACUCCAACCCCCCCACGCCACCUCUCUCAAAAAAACAUCACCCCAAUCCACGCCUGCAAAUUCUUCUGGAAGGAUUUCCCCCCUCUCUCCAGGUUGGGCGCGUUUGGUGCAAGAUUCUCGGGAUCUUCGGCUGUGCCUCUCCUCCCCCUCCCCUCCUUUCCUCUGUCCUCUCCUUCCUUUCUUCCUUCCUUCCCUUUCCCUACCCCUGCCCCCGCCCCCACCCCGAGCGAACGAGCCCCCGAUUCUCGCCGGGCCUCGCCGCAGGCAGCGGGCAGCGGAGGCAGCGCCGCGGUCGCCGGGAGCGGGGAGCCCGGGGCGCGCGCUCCUCGGCGCAGCAUGUUCCAGCCGGCGCCCAAGCGCUGCUUCACCAUCGAGUCGCUGGUGGCCAAGGACAGUCCCCUGCCCGCCUCGCGCUCCGAGGAGCCCAUCCGUCCCGCGGCGCUCAGCUACGCCAAUUCCAGCCCCAUCAACCCGUUCCUCAACGGCUUCCACUCGGCCGCCGCCGCCGCCGCGGGCAGGGGCGUCUACUCCAACCCGGACUUGGUGUUCGCCGAGGCUGUGUCCCACCCGCCCAACCCCGCCGUGCCGGUGCACCCCGUGCCGCCGCCGCACGCCCUGGCCGCCCACCCCCUGCCCUCCUCGCACUCGCCACACCCCCUGUUCGCCUCGCAGCAGCGGGACCCGUCCACCUUCUACCCCUGGCUCAUCCACCGCUACCGCUAUCUGGGCCACCGCUUCCAAGGGAACGACACCAGCCCGGAGAGUUUCCUUUUGCACAACGCUCUGGCCCGAAAGCCGAAGCGGAUUCGAACCGCCUUCUCGCCGUCCCAGCUUUUAAGGCUGGAGCACGCCUUCGAGAAGAAUCAUUACGUGGUGGGAGCGGAAAGAAAGCAGCUGGCGCACAGCCUCAGCCUUACGGAAACUCAGGUAAAAGUAUGGUUUCAGAACCGGAGGACGAAAUUCAAAAGGCAAAAGUUAGAGGAAGAAGGCUCAGAUUCUCAACAGAAGAAAAAAGGGACACACCACAUUAACCGGUGGAGAAUUGCUACCAAGCAGGCAAGUCCGGAGGAGAUAGAUGUGACCUCAGACGAUUAAAAGUACAGACCUGAUCCCACAGAAAUGGACAGCAUGGAGCAAAAGAGACAGGGAGAGGAGGGGAAGAAGGAAAAACCCUACAAAAAACAAAAACAAACUGCGCACACUUUCACCGGAGAGGGAGAGAGGGACCCAGGGCAGUGGCGCUUGCAACAGACUGGACAGCAAGAGCGCUGGAACGGGCACUGGACUGGGCACCCGCAUGGAUGGCAGAGGAUGAAGAACCCUUCAUCAACACGCAACCCUCGUCUAAAGAGGCAGCUGAGUGAGUGAGAGAGACAGAGACUGGGAGGGAGAGAGAGAAAGGGGAAAGGAAGAAAGAGAGAGAGAGAGAGAGAGAGAGAGAGAGAAUGAUUCGAUCCUUGUGAGGCAAAGGCAGGUCAGACAAGGAGAGCUGUCAGUCAAAUGCCAAACCAGGGAAACAAGAUGAUUGGCAUUCCGCGUAUUGAAGUCCAUUUAGAAAUGAGAAUAAUUUUUGAAAAAAAAAAAAGGCACAGGACUUUUAAUUUUGCACUUCACAGUGUUCCCCCUCAUCUUUAAUUAGAAAUCACAUACAAAAUUCCAUGUCUAGCCCCAUCCUACACCUGUUUAAGAACUUGAAUUGCAUGUAGCAGUUGUUGGGCGAAUGGUGUCUAAAAAAUGAAUUGUAAUUUUAUUCUUUUUUAAAAGACAGGUUCUGUGUAUUUUUAUUUUAUUUUUCUGAGAAAUGUGCAGUCUGUAAAAACACUUUUUGAUACCUUCUAUUGUCAAAGUGAUUGUGAAAGCUAAAUGAAGUAGGCUUGGAGAUAGUGGUCCUCUUACAGAGAAAUGAGCGAGCAGGAUGGGGAUGGAGGGCGGGGGAGGGUGCCCCUGAAAAGAAUCAAAACUCGUACUGGGGGUAAAACGACAACAAUAACAACAAAAACCUAAAUUAAUUCCAUCUCUCGAAUAUUUUCUAACAUUCUCAAACUUUAAACCACCAAGGCAACUUUUCCUUUCAGUGGCUGGAGAAAUUGAUGGCAUCCAGCCACUCAACGUAAUGGCCAUUCAGAACUUUGUCUAUUGCAAAAGUGGAAGGAAGAACUGUAGUUAAUGGGGUGAUGGCGGCCAAGGACAUGGGAGUUUUCAAGCACUGAGUUUCUCUUCCAAGACUAUAGAAUUACUAAAGAGGGUGACAAAUGCUUCCUUAGUGUCUUCUAUACCAGAAUGUAAAUAUUUUUGUGUUUUGUGUUAAUUUGUUAGAAUUCUAACACACUAUAUACUUCCAAGAAGUAUGUCAAUGUCAAUAUUUUGUCAAUAAAGAUUUAUCAAUAUGCCCUCAGA